AUGAAGGGCACUUCAAUCUUCCAGUUCAAAUCAUGGCCGAAGAUUCAUCAGCCUUUGCCUCGAACACCACGCCAGUCUCAGCAGCUUCUCAACGCCCUCACCUCAUCCUUUCGACACCAGCUGGACCGCGCGUACCCGGCCCCCAGCGGUUCCAAUCCCAAUAGCGAUCGACAGCCCUUGAAUACCGACUCCUCUGUUCAUGCAACCGACCAGCACCUGCAUAGUAUUCUCGAUAACCCUUUGUUUCGGAUUGUGCCCCAGAGAGCAAAGUCAACCCCUCGUGAUCAUGCCACCACCUCGACCAUCGAUGAGUCCAAGCAAGCAGUUCAGGAUCCCAUGGCUCUUUUCGACCACGCCGUUGCCUCAGGAUCUGCUACACCUUCCUUCAUCACAGACUGUUUGAAAUCACAACUGCUUCUUGCCCGGUCAUUUGGUGAGAAUGGAGUGCGAGAUGCCAUGAAGAUCACUCGAGCGGGCUCGAAAGUGGUUGACUGGUUCUGGGCUUCGGAUGGUGCUUCUAGGCAGAUCCUGUUGCAGACCCGGGCAUCGACAGGCUCUCUAACUAAAUUCAUGGUCGCGGAGAAUCUGCAAGAUACCGUGAUGGAGUGGCUGAAGAUGCUCAUGAGCUGCAAUCUUGGGGGGCUCAAUGGCGAGAUGACAGAAGAUCGGGCCCGAACAUCCUUCAAUCAUCUUCUCCAAGAUCUCCUGGAUGCCGAAAUUCGCUACGGAGACGGACUCGGCUCGGCCAUCAAGUACUACUUACGUGCAUGCCACCUUCAUUUUUCAUCCGUGGAAUCACAGGGUGAUUUGAGAGUCGCCAAGGCAGUGUUGCUUGCAUCGGGCGCUCAACUAGCUCGCACACUCAUGGAGCAGAAGCCUUCGAGUGAUCAAACUCCCGUACAUACUUUUGAAGAGUUCGCUGAGACCAUCUCGACUUUGUCGUCCUCUCGGUCGUUAUUGUUCUCUUCCGUGGCUCUUUGCCAUCCAACACAUCCAGACCCGACUCCGUUCAUUCAUUAUGUGGACAGCUUAUCCCCCAACAAGUUCGAGAAGUGGAAUCAGACUCGGCGGGAUGCCUUCCUUAGAAUCAGCUGUGACGCCCUCCGCACGCUGAUUGACCGCAAGAAGAUUCGCCUCGCGACUAGCCUGGGACAUCAAAUUCAAGAACUUCUUCCUGAGGAGACCGCUACUGCGAGCGUUAAAGCUUCUCGCUCUCGUGCCUCGGCUGAAGAGGAUUACCUCUUACAACGCUUGGAGUUGAAUUGGACCUGA